AUGACCUCUUUCACACGCAUUGCGGACCACGAGCGGCCUGCCAUAUCCGUGGACGCGCGGGCCGUAAUCGCUGACAUUGACGACAAUAUCUAUGGCGGCUUUACCGAACAUAUAGGCCGCUGCAUCUACGGCGGCAUCUACGACCCCGGGAACCCGCUGGCUGAUGAAAACGGCUUCCGCAAGGACGUCAUUGAGGCGCUUCGGGAGCUCAGAGUCCCCGUCAUCCGCUACCCCGGGGGCAACUUUGUAGCCACAUAUCACUGGCUCGACGGCGUUGGCCCCAAGGCCGACCGCCCGAAGAGGCCCGAGCUGGCGUGGGACGGCAUCGAGUCGAACCAGUUCGGCACGGACGAAUUCUUGAAGUGGUGCGAGGUUGUCGGGACGGAGCCAUAUUUCUGCCUAAACUUUGGGACAGGCACGCUGGACGAAGCUCUCGGCUGGGUCGAAUACUGCAACAGUGACAAAGACACAUACUACGCCAACCUACGCCGGAAACACGGGCGCCAGGAGCCAUACAAUGUCAAGUACUGGGCUCUGGGCAACGAGGUCUGGGGCCCCUGGCAGGUCGCGCAGAUGACCAAGGAGGACUACGCGAACAAGGCGUACCAGUGGGCCAAGGCCAUCAAGAUGCUCGACCCGUCCGAGUGCAUCAAGCCCAACCUGCACGCCCUGGGCGGGAGCACCACCGUCGGGCUCAUCGACAUGCACAGCAUCCACAUCUACACGACCAGCCCCGAGCACGUCAAGAACGCCACCGCGCCUCGGGCCGCUGAGCGCCACAUCGAAAUCACCGCCGGCUUGAUCGACCUCGCGCGCGCCGAGAACCACAUCCCGCCCACGGUCCCGCGCCAAAAGAUCUGCUUCGACGAGUGGAACGUCUGGGAUCCGGUGCGCGCACCGGGCGAGCAGGGCGCCGAGCAGCUCUUCACCCUGUCCGACGCGCUCGCCGUCGGCGUCUGGCUCAACGUCUUCGUGCGGCAGGCCAAGCACGUGGGCAUGGCCAACAUCGCCCAGUCGGUAAACGUCAUCUCGCCCCUCAUGACCACGAGCGACGGCGGCCUCGUCAAGCAGACCACGUGGUGGCCGCUGCUCCUGUUCAGCAAGUACAUGCGCGGGAAGACCCUGGCGGUCAACGUGCGGUCUGGGGAGUACCGAGGCGAGACCAGCCCUGCUUGGGUUCGAGGCUCCAUGGACACGCCGUGGCUGGAUGUGAGCGCCGUCCUCGACAACGGCGUCGUGAACCUUGCCGUGGUCAAUGUCCACGAGCAACUGGACUUUGUGACCGAAGUGGCGGGCAUUCUUCAAGCCUCCGGGCAGCAGCAAGUCGAGAUAUAUACGGUGACCGGACCCGGUGUCGAUGCCGUCAACACGCAAGAGAAGCAGGAGGUUGGAAUCACAGAGCAGACAUGGGACGGCCGCGGGAUCUACACCUUUCCCAAGCACUCGCUGACUCUGCUCCGCUGGACGCUACCCUGA